AUGGAGAAUGACACUGUUGGCUUUGAGUUAACUCUGGAUGGGUUUAUUAUUCCUCCUGGUGGAAAAUACCCAAUAUUUUUUAUGGGUAUUUUUAUUUACCUUUUUGUUGUCUUUUGCAAUGUCAUCUUGCUAACUUUGAUCAUUUUGAAGAAGAACCUUCACAAACCCAUGUAUUUCAUUUUGCUCAGCCUUCCUCUCAAUGAUCUGAUAGGCAUCAGUGCAAUGCUGCCAAAAGUGCUUUCAGACAUUGUGACAGAGACAAACAGGAUUUACUAUCCUCUCUGUGUAUUACAAGCCUUCUUGAUCCACAUGUAUGGUGGUGCAGUCCUGUUCAUUCUUGCAGCAAUGUCCAUUGACCGUUAUAUUGCCAUUUGCAUGCCUUUACGUUACAGCUCUCUGAUGACCCCCACAAAUGUCGCUUGUGUUAUUGUUCUCAUUUGGGGGCUCGACUUUGUCUUGAUUGUGUCUUUGCUCGCUCUGCAGGCAAGGCUCCCCAGGUGCAAAUCUGUUAUUAUGAAUGUGUUCUGUGAUAACCCAUCGCUCCUGAAGCUCACAUGUGGAAACACAACAAUAAACAACAUUGUAGGAUUGCUUAACACAGCCAUUAUGCAGUUGCUCAGCAUUUCUAUUCAAACGUUUUCCUACGUGAGGAUUCUGAUCACCUGCUUGGUGACAAGAAAGUCAGAAACAAAGACAAAGGCUAUCAACACGUGCGUUGCACAGUUGGUUGUAUUCAUAAUUUUUGAGAUUGUGGGAACUUUCACGAUUUUAUCACACAGGUUUAAAAAUAUCUCACUUGACUUGCAAAAAAUAAUGGGCAUGCUAAUAUUUCUCGUACCACCACUUUUGAACCCUGUUGUGUAUGGGCUGUGUACAAAGGAAAUAAGAAAUGCUCUCUUGAAAGUCUGUAAAGCCACAAUGAUAUCCAUCAUUAAACUGGAGGAGCUGCUGGUUUCUCAUUCUGAGAAGUUGCUGGAAGAGAGGCAGAUGUCACAGAAGGAUAAGAGAUUCAUGGACAUUCUGGAAAAGUCUAUUUGCAUGCAGAAGGAUCAUUAUUGCAUGGACCUACCAUUUAAAGUGGAUGACAUCUUUAUGCCAAACAACCUGUGUAUAGAUGAACAAUGCAUUCAUAGCCUGAAGAGAAAGUUUGCCAGGGAUAAGACUUAUGAAGAGGAAUAUACCAAGUCUAUCACUGAGAUGGUUGAUAGUGGUUAUGCAGAGGUGGUACCACAAAGGGAAAUGGCAUGCACAGUUGGCAAAGUGUGGUAUCUUCCUCAGCAUGGUGUAUACCACCCAAAAAAGAAAAUCCUGAGAGCAGGAGACUUCUCUGAAUUCUAA